UUCCAGUGCUAUAUUUUCGAACAUUGAAUUAUCGAUUGAACUACCCCUAGCCUAACUUGAAACCCCAUAAUUAUAUUGUACAAUGAAUUUCCGCUCUUAGGUAUAAGAUUUUUUUUCUAUAAAAGCUCAGCAGAGCCAGAAAACGCUCUCUUUCCACUCUCCAAAUUCGCUCGUGCUACAUCAUCAUAUCACAGUUCCCAGUUAUCUAAACCAGUGCGCAGUUUUUGCUCCGCUUUCGAGGCCGAUAUUUUACAGUGUGUAUAAAUCGCAAAAAGUUCUAAACAGUGGUGCCGAAACCCGGGAAUUCGUCUCGCCGGAUAAGUGUCGGGUCGCGUAGUGUGUGUAAAAGCAGUUUGUGACCGUGUGCUAGGACCACGUGGGAUAUCCUUUCUCGACACGGGCGGGCUCGAUUUGGGGGAGCUCCGAAGCAGCACUUCGUGACCAUCUCUCGUCACCUCAGGAAGCGUUAAUCUACUUCGGCGGCCGUUCUGGUACGGCAAUCCGCGCCCAGCAGGUCGGAAUCAACCUUGCUUAACAGAGUACUGUGUUCGGGUUCGUGAUGUCAGGAAUGUACACUACGCCUGCGAAUCAACCGCCAAUUUGCAUAGUUAGUACAGCUAACAGUCUGGACGGGAUGCUUCAGAGAUUUUGGGAGAUGGACAAUCUAGAUCACGGUAGAGCUCUGACAUUGGAUGAGCAACGGUGCGAAGACCACUUCAGAAGAACAGUGACGCGUGAACGAGAUGGGAGAUACGUAGUUCGGCUGCCUGUACGAGACGAUCGACUGCCGUAUCUAGGUGACGCACAUCAGUUAGCACAGCGUCGGUUGCUGUCUACCGAACGACGGUUUAGAACUGAUCCGAACCUUCAACAGAACUACCACCAGUUCAUGGAGGAGUAUGCAAGACUAGGACACAUGGAGCCCAGCGUCUAUACAGGAAUUGAAACGAUCCGUCCAAGAUUUCUGGCACCGAUGGUCCCGCGAUUACGUGAGCCAGUUGCACCAACGACCCAAAUGGCAAACCGAAACUCACAACGAUCCGGUCCAAGGCGCAUUGGUCCUGCUCAAACAGGAGCACCUUCCUCCACUUCAGUGGAACUUGGGUCGCGUCGUCGAAACGUACGCAGGGAGCGAUGGGCACAUAAGGGUGGUGCUAGUGCGAACAGUUCGAGGAAUGUUCAAAAGAGCCGUGACCGAAGUCUGCACACUCCCGAUAGAUGUACUUCCAACGUCAAGCCCAAUCGAGAGCCAAAGGUCGCACGAAAGGAAGCAGCUAGGAACCGACAACGGAAGGAUACAGGUACAGAUACCGAGGACGACGCAUCGUAGGAUCAAACGCAGUUGAAACAGUAGGUUUCAACGGGGCCCUGUGUGUUGAAUUAUGAUUGAUUUAUUUUCCAGUGCUAUAUUUUCGAACAUUGAAUUAUCGAUUGAACUACCCCUAGCCUAAC